UUAUUGUAGUUUUUGUCAAUUAAAACAUGUCCACAUACAUUAUAUUGCCAAAAGUAUUGCAUCCCAGUGCCAAAUCAAUGAGUUCUGGUAUUCCAGUAACGUCCACAGCUGCAGGUGUGGAGAACCUUGACUGGCCUGCAGAGUCCUGACCUCAACUUUCUUGAACAUGUUUGGGAUGAAUUAGAGCGGAGGCUGCAGUUCUGGUUCUGAUCUAACUAUGAACUCACUCCUAAACCUUGGAAGAUGUUUACAGAAUAGUUCAAGUUUUUUGGUCCCUACUCCUGAGCAGGUCCAACCGGGGUCGGGUCGGGACUACAUGUGACUGCUGUUCAUUGAUUGGCUCUGGGACCAGGAGAAAUGAGAAGGUUUUCCAAAAGGUCGUGCAGGAAGAAGAUAAUAGAACUCAAGAGUGACCAGAUUAAUAUAAAGGACCACAAUGGUCAGAGCGGGUCAAACCCAAAUAUAAUUUUACGAUUUCAUCAUAAUUCAGCCUGAAGGCUAAAAGAAAAGAAAAACAACAUAUCAGCUUUCUGAAUUACAAGCAGGUAGGGGGCGCUGUAUUUAAUAACAUCCUAAACCAGCUGAUCACACAUAAAAUCAGCUGUUCAGAGGCACAAACAUUUCCCCCCAAAACACACAAAACAAAACCACCAUGAACCAGCGGGUUUGGUUCUGACAUUUACUGACAGGCACAUGAGAACGUUGAUGUUUUAGAAACAAACUAAACCCCAUCUUUGAGCCUGGUCUAAUCAGUAUUACUGUUAUUCUGUCUUAUUCUAUACAUAUUUUACUGUAUUUCUUUAUCUGUUUAUCAUCAAAUGUUGUUGUUCUUUGUUUGGUUUUAUUUUUUUAUUUGAUCCCAAAGCUUUCGGUGGUAUUUAUCAUUUUAUUCUGUUUUAUUACGUUUUUUUCUACUAUAAGAACUGAACAUUAAUGUUGUUUUUGUCUGUUUCUUAAAGCAGUGGUUCUCAAUCCUGGUCCUCAGGGCCUGAUUUCCUUCAUGUUUCAGAUUCAAAUGAUUGAAUUACCUCAGAAUGAAAUCAAAGCCUUUCAGUCACCAAUUAUUUUAAUUCAGGCGUGUGUGGCAGCAGGGAAACACCUGAAGCAUAAAGGACUUCCUACGGACCAGGAUUAAGAAACACAGAAUGAAACUACAUUACUAUUACAAUAAAACAUGAACUUCAUGUUGUUUUAUAUUUUUUUCUGGUGUUUUGCUUCGUUCUACAUCUUAGAACAAAACUCUAAGCAGUGGUUCAGCUCUGGUCCUCAGGAGCCUUUGUCCUUCAGGUUUUAGAUGUGUCUCUGCUCCUUCACACCUGAUCCAAAUGAUCACACCACCUUCUCAGGUGUCAUCAGAUGCUGCAGAAACCUGCUGAUUGCCCAAUUAUUUAAGUCAGGUUUUCAGGGGCAGAGAAACAACUAGAACAUGCAGGACAGUAGGUCCUGAAGACCAGCUGUGGGAUCCACUGUGCUGUCUGGGGGCAGUAAGGAGCCCAGAAGUGCCCACUCUGCCGGGAACCAAAGAGGAAGACGUUGUGUUUUCCUCCCUUGACGUCACCGUCCUGUCCUGGAGAAUCGGGAUGCUACUCCGCUGAUGUCCUCCGGGAGAACGGCGGAUUGUCUGGGAGAACACAGCCGAACACCCGCACAGCGUGAAGCUUGGAGAUCUUUAUCCGUCCGAGGAGCCCCCGGAGGCGGACACUGCGUCACACAGACCGCGGUAAGAGAGGACACGUCAGCGGAGGAUCUGGUGCUUUGAGACCGUCACCUGAGAAAGGCUGAGGUUUCUGUUGGACCUGCUGGGGUCGCUGCAGCACCAUGAGCGGGGCGGCGCUCGGCAUCGAGAUCGUUCUGGUCUUCUUCCUGGCCCUGUUCCUGCUGCACCGGUAUGGAGACUUCAAGAAGCAGCAACGAAUGGUUCUGUUCGGCACGCUGCUGGCCUGGUACCUGUGCUUCCUCAUCGUCUUCAUCUUACCCCUGGACGUCAGCACGACUAUCUACAGGCAGUGCAUCGAAGACCAUGAAGAACAUAUUUCUGUUUCCACCAUCAGCCCGACCAACCACACCACACCCAACGCAACCAUGGCUCCAACUAAAAGAAGUGUUCCAACGCUGUGCUACAAGCCGUGGAGCUACAUUCCUGAAGGUAUCAUGCCCGUGUUCUGGAGAGUGGUGUACUGGACCUCUCAGUGCCUCACCUGGCUGCUGCUGCCCUUCAUGCAGUCGUACGCUCGCUCCGGAGGGUUCUCCAUCACUGGGAAGAUCAAAACAGCGCUCAUCGAGAAUGCCAUUUACUACGGGACCUAUCUGCUGAUCUUCGGCUCUCUGCUCAUCUACGUGGCGGUCCAUCCUGAGUGGCACCUUUCCUGGUACGAGCUGCAGACCAUCGGCAUCACGGCGGCCAACACCUGGGGUUUGUUCCUGCUCGUGCUGUUGCUGGGUUACGGACUGGUGGAGAUCCCGCGCUCCUACUGGAACGCCUCGCGACACGGACACCUCCUCAUGAAGACCUACUUCAAGGCUUCCAAGCUGAUGACCGAGAAGGCGGACGCAGAGGAGAACCUGGAGGACGUGAUGGAGGAGGUGAGGAAGGUCAGCGAGUCCAUCAAGUACAACCAUCCGCUGAGGAAAUGCAUCGACACGAUUCUGAGAAAAUGUCCCGUGGAUUAUCAGGAGAAGAUGGGUCGGAACAUGGAUGAUUAUGAAGACUUUGAUGACAAACAGAACACCUACCCGACUGAGAAGAGCCUGGUGAAGCUGCACAAACAGGUCAUCUACGUGGUCCAGAGGCACAACCGGACCCGGGUCCAGUGGCAGAUCCUCCUGCAGCAGGCCAUCCACCUGGAGGACGUAGCCAAGAACGAGACCAGUUUGAGCCACCAGUUUGUCCACAGCUUCCCGUCCUGUGAGCCAGCCGGCUGGUUCUGCAGAUACAUCUACACACCGACCGUAGAGUGGUACUGGGAGUGUCUCCUGAAGCCCUGGUUCUACCGGCUGCUCUCAGUGGUUCUGACUCUGUUCAGCGUGGCCGUGGUCUGGUCCGAGUGCACGUUCUUCAGCACCCGACCCGUCCUGUCUCUAUUUGCCGUCUUCAUCCAGCUGGCUGAGAGAGACUACAACUACCUUUACAUCGAGAUGGCGUGCUUCAUCACCAUCUUCUUCCUCUGCACCUGUGUUUACUCCACCGUGUUCCGGAUCCGGGUCUUUAACUACUACUACCUGGCCUCCCACCACCAGACGGACGCUUACAGCCUGCAGUUCAGCGGCAUGCUCUUCUGCCGCCUGACUCCUCCUCUGUGCCUGAAUUUCCUGGGUCUGAUCCACAUGGACUCAGCCAUCUCCCACCAGCAGAAGCUGCAGACGGCUUACACCUCUAUCAUGGGAUCGAUGCGAGUUCUGUCCUUCAUCGCCAACGGUUUCUACAUCUACUACCCCAUGCUGAUCGUCAUCCUCUGCAUCGCCACAUACUUCAGUCUGGGAACACGGUGCCUGAACCUCUUGGGCUUCCAGCAGUUCAUGGACGACAGUGAGAUGACCUCUGACCUGAUCGACGAGGGAAAGGAGCUGAUCCGACGCGAGAGGAGGAAGCGGCAGAGGAUGGAAGAUGGAGAGAACCGACGGAGAGAGUGGAAGGAACGUUAUGGAAACCAGAGGGAGGACUUUACUGCGAGGAACCGGAGCAGCCAUGAGAUGAAGGAGACCAAUUACUCCGAGUCCAGCAGGGACAGACAGGCUAAAUAUUCCCGCUCCGGGACCCGGGUGGAGAGGGACUGCAUCGAGCUGCUUCAGGAUGCCGAACCUUUGGACUUCAACGCCGAUGCUCUGACAGACGACCCUCUGGACGCCGAAUCCGGCAGGCCUGCAGGAGGGCGUUAUCUGUCCAUGUCCUCGUCUCGGAACCGCAUAUUCGACGACGUCUGAUUUGGCUGCCUGCAGAGAUGAACCCACCUCUCCUCCCAACAUGCAUGUUAACAACCCAACAUCUCAGCACUGUCUGAGGGAAACCUUCUCAACACUUUGCUCAGUCAUCACCUCCAGCAUCACUGCAGGUCCAUGAAGGCGCUGUGAAGGAAUUUUACUGCUGUUUUUGUAAUUUAUGAAUGAAGCUGAUUUCCUCUUGAACUUGCUGCUGAGUGACUGAGCAUGCUCACAAAUGUACAGCAGCUGCUCUCUGAUGAAGGUCACAUUAUACUUUAUUUAUAUUUUUAGUUAUUUCCUCCAUGUUCAUGUUGUAGAGUAAUUUAAUUGUAAAAAUGUUUCUAAAACUGUUUGCACUUGAGCUGAAAUGUAUGAAUUACUUACUGGGAGAGAGGCUUCCAUCUGCUGCAGGCCUGAAGGUUCUGCUGCAGGCCUGAAGGUUCUGCUGCAGUCCCGAAGGUUCUGCUGCAGCCCAUCAUGUGGCGUUCUGACUGUGAACUCUGUGCACGUCACAUUAAAGAGUAACUGUAAUGACUUUAAAAAUGAAAGUUUUGACGUGUUUUUCUGCCUAUUUUCAUUCUCCUCUCAGCCUUUUUCCAUUAAUCUGAUCAGAAACUCAGUAAAAACCUAAAACUUGACACUAACUUCGUUAAAACGCUCUGUUAACGGUUGCAUUUUGACUGCUUUGAUGGUAACCUAAAAACAGGAGCCCAUUACAAAGCCCUGAGGGACUCCAGAUUUCUGCAGCCACUGUUUAAUGGAAACAAGAAGUUACUGUAGAGAAAAGGCAAAUUAUUUCACAUCUUCAUGGGAUCAUUUGUCUUGUUGAGCUUCAGGAAAAACAAAGCAAGCAGAACAGAAGAUGAUGGAACGAUCUUCAUCAGUCUUGUGUAUAUAUGUAUGAUACAUGUUUUGUAUGAUAUGGGUUAAUUAAUCACAUGACUUUGUAUUUAAGGCUUCCUUCCUGUAGAAGCAGCUCCUCCUGUUACUGUCUGUUCCUCAUGGUGCCUCUGGUGAUGUGAAGUUCUGGAGCUCAGAGUAUUUCUGCUCAUGAUCUCUGCUAACGUUGUUCUGUCAGAAAAUAAAAACUGGUGAAGAAAUGCA